UGCAGUUGGACGCAGGGCUGGUGGAGUUAAAGGCAAGGUAAAAGCUGAGGCUUGCCGUUUGGUCCGACCUCAGUGAAGCUCGUCGGUCUGACAGGACCGGCGCUGCGCGUGCACGUCUCUGUCAGUGAAGCCGUGACGAAAUGAAAGCGAAAGCAACUUUGUUUGCAUGGCGGUUUCUUCGCUCACAGACUGGACGGCUCUGAACGGCGGUGUCUACCAUGUUUAUUGUGUUUGGUGGUCUUUUCCUCGCAGUGUUAGCUUCAGGUGUAGGCCGCUGUGGUUCUCAGUCUGUGCAUGAUGUCCAGUGGUUGCCAUGUCAGUUUGUGGAUGAGUCAAUAAAUACAAAUGCAGAGGGUCACAAAGAGACCACAUACCACCAUCGAAACGCAUUGCUGCAGUUUGGGGUUUUAGGAGACCGUCCUAUAGACCAGGAUGUCAUCACCUUCCUAGUAGUAGCUUCAAAGGUGGACAUGAGGCGCUAUGUGGAAGGUGGCGGGGACACGCUGCAGUGUGAGAUCCGCAGAUACAGCACUGGAGGCAUUGUCAUGCGUUGGCCUGGUUUAGGGGCUCAAGAGCAUGACAUCUGGUUCACCUGUACCCUCACACACACUGAGGGGCUGUUCGUCAUCACCACCUUCCUCAGACACACACCUGCACAGGAAGGACAUCACGAGUGGAUUCAGGUUGCAGACAGGGAGCUUCUGACCACCUCAGCUGCGAUGGUUGUAGUGACACGCACACCUAGUGUUGCAGUGGGCUUAAUGAUGGGUCAGACGCUGCACUGUCAGUUUGCUGUGGAUCAUAAGCAGGCCAGCAUGACUGUAGAGUGGAGGCUUCAGCGACGUGGCGAACGCACCAAAAUCUUCAGCUAUUCCAGCCGCUCAGGCAAGACAGAGGGCAGCGGAGUCUCUAUCAAAGCCAUUGGAGCCGGAAACGCCUCUCUGAAACUUCCACUCACCUCCCAGGCCAGUGAAGGCACAUACGUGUGCUCAGUGCACGUCCCCCCUCUCUACGGCAGCCAUGACAUUACACUCAACAUCCACGAGCCCCCUCGUGUGUCAGUGAACGUGGGCUCUUCCUUGGCUCUAACUCUGGGCGGAGAGCAGAAGGUGGUAUGUGAUGCUGAGGGAUAUUACCCGCUUGAUGUCAACAUUGAGUGGGUACGGGAGCCAUCAGGUUCCAGCUUUCUGCCUGAAGUACUGAAGAACGUGCUGUACUCCAGCCACCGCCACAAUAAAGAUGGUACAUACUCGCUCUCAGCCUUCUUCCUGCUGCAGCCUGUCCUGGAGGACUCUGGCUACAAGUACACUUGCAGGGUUCACCACCAGGCUCUGCGCAUACCAAUCCGCAAGAGCUUCACCCUCACUGUCUCAGAGCAAGACUCUCUGUGGUAUGUCUUAGUCUUUGGAUUCAUUAUCACCAUGAUUGGACUUCUGCUCUGGCUAGUCCCUCAGUACCUUAGGGCAAAGAAACAAUCAGCGAGAAAGGCAUUCUGAGACAUGCCAGAGGACUUACAGCUCCUCUCCAUGGAGACAGACAACACUAUCCCUCUUCUCUCCCUCCAUCUUCCCUCCUCCACUCCUGAUUGGAUCCAUGGAUCAGGUGUUUCUCUUUGGACCCUCUGUAGGUUGUUGUGAAGGCUGGUGUCAAUCUGCUGAGUUUUAUGACUUUAUUUAAACUGCGCAAAGGUGCAGAAGAACACUGAACACAACACCAAGAAGCCUGCCAGAGUGUUCGGCCCCAAGUAAAUAGAAAGUUAGAUCUGACAUCAUGAAUAAUAUGAGCUCUUUUGUGAUCAUUUUAGACUUGAAUUUGGUAAGAUAUUUAUUUGACAAAUUUAAAUAAUAACAGAUCUACAAAAAUUUCACUGGGCUGAUUUUAGAAGACUGUAGGUAUACAGUCUCAGAUUGUUCCAAAUGAUUCAGGUUUGUCUUUACAGGAAUAAAUGUAUAUUAUUCAAUAACACAGUUGCAUUUUGGCAGAUUAGAACAUUUUAUUUGGUUGUUUUGCAAAAUACUUGAAUAAAAACAUAUGAUAAAGAACAAAAAAUAGUCAAA